AUGUGGCAGCCCCCGGAGACCACCCGCUGCUUGCCCAGCGGGGUCCGGCUCUCUCCAAGGCCUUGGAACUCCUGCCACCACCUGGCUGCGCCUCCGGGCCACCCACCGGCCAGAUCUGCCCCCAGGCACCAAGCCAGCGUCUGGCUGCCCCGAGCUGUCUCGCUGAGCCGCUUCCCCAGCUCCCGUCUUCCCGUGGCCGCCCCCCGGCAGCUGCCUCUGCUGACCUUCACCAACCAGCCACUGGGCCUGGCUGCGUCCUGGGGGCCUGCCCUGAAUAGCCCCGCACCGGCCCCCAGCCGGCUGCCCCGCCCCACUCGCCCAGCCAGCCCCCGGCUGGACCCCCCUGCGGCCGAGCGGGCCGAGCUGGAGCAGAAUGUGGCACGGGUCCUGCAGAGCCACCCUGGGGGCAUCUCCCUCUUCCGCUUCCGCCAGGCCUACGGUGCCACCUACGGCCACCCCUUCCCCCUGGACAGCACAGCCUCGGUGAAGGAGCAGCUGGCGGCCAUGCCGGGGGCGGUCAGGGUGCAGGGCUGGGGGGUGCAGACGAUGCUCUUCCCGGUCUGCCCCCAGGAGCUCCCCAGCAAGGAGACUGGUCUCUCCCCAUCUCUGCCAGAGGCAGUCGUCGCUCUCGCCAGCCCCGAUGUGGCGCCGGCUGCCCCAGCUGUGGUCUGUCUGUCUCCUUCCAUCUCUUCCAGCUCCCCAGAGGCCCCUCUGGCUCCUGCAGGCCCAGAGCAGCCCCCUGUUUGCAGCCCUCCUCCAGGGCACAGGAUGGCACCGGGGUCCCUAGCUGAGCUCCCCAUAUCCCCCACUGCCUCGGCAGCCCCCUGGUCACCAGAGACGAGAUGGGAGCAUGAAUCCAUGGGGCCCAUCACUGAGCAGACAGAUGUCAUGGAGGGCAUCGCCACAGCUACACCAGCUGCUGGCACUGUGCCAUCUGAACUGGAGGCCAAACUCUCCCUGCCAUUGGUUCUGGCAUCUUCUGUAUCCCUGUCCCCUGAAGGUUCCCCCUGUGGUCCCACCCCACCGCUGAGCCUGGACCAUGUGGUUGCCACAGAUACUGUCCUCUACGGCCUUAACUCUGCCCCUAGCUCUGCAAGCUGUCCCAGCCCAGAGCCAUCCUUUUCCCCAGCUUUGCCAGGACCCAUAUCUGCUGUCCAUCCUCUGGCCAUGCUCUCCCCUGAGCCAGCCUGGUCCCCCAUCCAAGACGUCCCUGGCGCCGCAGAUUCCCCCAGGGAGAGACCACCCUUCAAGCCCCUGCCUCUGUGUGAGCCCAGCUUGGCAUCUCCCUACAAACAUCGGGAGGACAGGGGGGCACCAUGGGCGGCCAUCAAGCCAGAGCCCCGUCUGCUCCGAAUCUCCCCGCCCCACCCCCCACCUAUGGGGAGUAAGAAGAAGCCACCCAAGCGCAAACCUGACAGCUGUGUCCUUCUGUGAAGCUCCUUCACAUAACCCGUUGGGGCAGCGUGUGCUGCAGGGAGAUGACCAGGCUGGCUCAGUGCCGA